GAAAAGAAACAUCGACUGAAAGAACAGAACAAGACGGCAGCUUUGAAGUACAGGCAGAAGAAGAGGCAGGAGCAGAACAAGUUUUUGGAUGAAUGUAGCGAGAUAGAAGAAAAGAAUCGACAGCUGAAGGUCAGGGCUGAAGAACUUCAGAAGGAGAUCAACUAUUUGAAGAGUCUUUUUGCUGAGAUA